AUGAAACUGGGUAAGAAAGUCAGCGAAGGUAAGACGAAGGAGGUGUACGAGCUGCCCGACGUCCCCGGGUGCGUCCUGAUGCAGUCGAAGGACCAGAUCACGGCGGGCAACGCCGCCAGGAAGGACCGCAUGGAAGGCAAGGCCGCCAUCUCCAACGCGACGACCAGCUGCGUCUUCCAGCUGCUUCAGGAGGCCGGAAUCAAAACAGCCUUUGUGAGGAAACAGAGUGACACGGCAUUCAUAGCAGCUCACUGUGAAAUGAUCCCAAUCGAAUGGGUGUGCAGAAGAAUUGCUACUGGCUCCUUCCUCAAAAGAAACCCUGGUGUCAAAGAAGGAUAUAAGUUCUACCCGCCCAAAAUUGAGAUGUUUUACAAGGAUGAUGCUAAUAAUGAUCCCCAGUGGUCUGAGGAGCAGCUAAUUGAAGCCAAGUUCUGUUUUGCUGAACUUACUAUUGGCCAGACUGAAGUGGAUAUUAUGGCUCGUUCUACUCAAGCCAUUUUUGAGAUUCUGGAAAAAUCAUGGCAGCCCCAAAACUGCACUCUGGUAGACCUGAAGAUUGAAUUCGGUGUUAAUAUUCUGACGAAAGAAAUUGUUCUUGCUGAUGUUAUUGAUAACGAUUCAUGGAGACUGUGGCCGUCGGGAGACAGAAGCCAGCAGAAGGACAAACAGUCCUACCGGGACCUGAAAGAAGUGACUCCUGAAGCACUGCAGAUGGUUAAGAGAAACUUCGAAUGGGUCGCAGAAAGAGUGGAGUUGCUCCUGAAAACGAAGAGCCAAGGCAGAGUCGUGGUGUUGAUGGGAUCCUCUUCUGACCUCAGUCACUGUGAGAAAAUAAAAAAGGCAUGCGCAACCUUUGGAAUCCCUUGUGAGUUGAGAGUGACCUCUGCUCACAAAGGGCCCGAUGAAACCCUGAGGAUCAAAGCAGAGUAUGAAGGAGACGGAAUCCCGACAGUGUUUGUUGCGGUAGCUGGCAGAAGCAACGGCUUGGGGCCAGUGAUGUCUGGUAACACUGCCUACCCGGUGGUCAACUGUCCUCCGCUCUCGGCUGACUGGGGCACGCAGGAUGUGUGGUCCUCACUCAGACUGCCCAGCGGUCUCGGCUGUCCCACUACCCUGUCACCGGAAGGCGCUGCCCAGUUUGCUGCCCAGAUAUUCGGGUUAAACAACCACUUGGUGUGGGCCAAACUGCGAGCAAACAUGCUGAACACCUGGGUCUCCCUGAAGCUGGCUGACAAAAAGCUGCGAGAGUGCACCUUGUAAGUCAUGCUAACAAGUAACUACU